AUGGCAACUCAACACCCUUCCUAUCCCACCAGUGAGAUCGCUGGAAAAGUUCUUCGAAGGGCUGAAAUUGCCAAAGUUGCUCGCAAUCUCCAGGAUCGACUUGCCCUGGCAAACUUCAAAGCCCAGAAUGGAUGGCAGAAUAGAACUCUGAGGACAAUUGAGCCGGAAGUUACCGAACAAAUCAGGAGGAAAAGACCAUACUCAAGUGGAGAUUUUUGUUCAGACUCCUCGUCCAACACAUCCGAAGACUACCUUUACUACAAUUCCUCGCCCUUGGCUGGUCCAGCAUUUUCCGAUGAGAUACCCCGGUCAAAUCACAGUCGACACUCCCACCCCAAAGACGCACCCUUCAGAUAUCUUCACAACCCUGGCAGUCACAAGAGAAUCCGUUCCUCAUCUAAUGCUGCACCCCAAAAGGUCUCAACAGCAAACAAGUCAUGGAAACAAACCCACCAGUUGCCUCAAUCUUCUCCGGUCUUCCAAAGACCGCAGCUUCCAUUUAGCAGCAUGAACCAAUCUUUCGUGUCUGAUGCGGCUACAAUCCCAGAACCACGACGCACUCGUUCCUCAAAAUUCAGUAUUCAAACCUCCGCUUACGAUGACCAAGAUGACCUCCCCGUCCAUUCCUUCAACCGCCAACUGACCUCUCCAAACAUGAUAUCCUCCUCUCCACCCCGUACCCCAUCUCCAGUCAAUCCUAGAGCCCGUAGCCACCAAUCCAAAGAAACUGGUGCAGACCUCCUCCUCUAUCUCGCCAACUCUCCCUCCCGCUCUCCAGCCAUUCAUCACCAAUCCUCUCGCCGCAGCGGUGUCAACACCCUCGAGCCUCCCUCCACUCCACCCUCCCAGAACACCUGCAGCACCAACAAAGAUCUCCCCUCCUCCUUCCUCACCACUCCAACCACCAACUCCACCAACAAUCUUGCCCUCUUCUCCACUCCCGGUCAACAAUUCAACUUCGCCGAUUUUGUCAACGUCACACCCUCGCCCGCUCAAGCACCCUGGGGUGGACGGACACCGGGGCUCAAUAAGACACCGGCCGCGGCGAGGGCGGCAAGGAGGGGCUUGAAUUUCGAUACUUUGGUUCCUCCACCCACAAACAACGGUAAUGGAAGUGUGAGUCCGACAUUACAGAGGGGUGAGAACGGUGUUGGCGGGAAGAGGGGAAAGGGUCUGGCGCUGGACUUGGGGGAUAAGUUGAUGCCGAGGUCAUGA